AUGUAUCGCAUUUUUCUCUCGUUCGUCGUGGCUCUCUGCCUUGGCACGCGCUGGGCGGUCGCUGCUUCAACCUCCGAAAUCGCCAACUCUCUCAAUGAACUAGCACAGCAAGGAUUCGCUGCUAAGGAGCUCGUAUCGGUAGUAAAUUCCACUGCGGACGCUGGUCCAAUUCCGGAUAUCUACACUGAGAUAGACACGAUGGUCACUGUGGUUCUAACAAAUGUAAAAUUUAUGACCAACACGCCGAUCAUUACCGAUCAGGGGGAAGGAGCAGGACGUUUCGUACAAUCCCUCCUCGAGCUCAUGGACGCCUUGUCGAGCAGCGCAGCCCAGCUGAAAUCCAUCAACCAAACAACCAAGGACAGAGUUCCCUCUGAAAUUCGCAUCUUGCAAACUGCCGUUGACGUGAGUUUCGUGAUUAAUUCUUUGCCACGCCCUGAAUUGAUUGCGGAGAAGAUGCUGACACCUCACGAGGCCUACUUCUACAACAUCAUCGGUCUUUUCCCGGCCAACAGCUCGUACAACGCCCAGGCCAACAACCAGAAAGCCCAGGUGGAUACGCAUUGCUUCCAGGCUGUCUGGGCAUUUGAUCUCAGUUAUAGCAAUGGUAACCGGGCUACUCAUGAAGCGCGCAGCAACAGCUCCCUUCACUCUCGAUGGAUGAAGCGCGGUUCCUUGUGA